AUGGAAGCAAGGGAGUCAUUUUUUCCAACAAAGUUAUUUGGUCAAGAAACAAAAAGAACAUGUGAAAGAAUUUGGAGAUGUUUAAAGAAAGACAAAGUUAUUACAAGUAUUGGUAUAUAUGGAGUUAAAGGUGUUGGAAAAACAACCUUAGCCAAACUCAUCAAUCACCUUGUUGAACAAAAUACUAAAUCCCAAGUUAUUUGGAUUAAUGUUUCUCAACAAUGUAACAUCAAAGUGUUACAAAAUGACAUUGCUAAAUCACUUGGAUUUGAUCUUAUAGAGGAACAUGAUGAAGAAAAGAGGGCAAUCGCGUUACACGAAUCGUUCAAAGAGAAAAAUGAUUUUGUUUUAGUACUAGAUGAUGUGUUAGAGAAUGUACCUUUGAAAAUGUUAGGUAAUCCUCUAAAAAUUGAAGGUGGAAGGUUGAUAGUAACAAGUUGUUUACUCGAAACAUGUCGAAAAAUGGGAUGUCAGAGGGAAUUCAGAGUAAAAACACUUGAAGCAGAGGAGUCCUGGAGUUUGUUCAUAGAAAAACUCGGAAAUGAGAUGAUUAUUCCGCUAGAAGUUGAAGGAAUCGCGAAGUUUAUGGUGAAUAAUUGUACUAAAGGACUUCCAUUUGGGAUUGUUACAUUAGCUACAAAGUUAAGAGAGUUGGAAUUGAGUAAUGUUGAUGAAUGGAGAAAGGCGUUCGAAGAAUCAUUUAAAGAGGAGAACAGUGAUGUUAUGAAGAUGUUGUUAUAUAGUUUUAAUUCAUUGAAGGAUGAAAAGUUACAACAAUGUUUCUUGUACUGUUGUUUGUAUCCAGAAGAUGAGAAAAUCUCGAAAGAUCAUUUGAUAACUCGAUUUGUUUUAGAGGGACUAAUCGAUGAACAAGAGAGUUGCGAGGCAGAAUUUGAAGAGGGAUAUGAAAUAUUGAACAGAUUGGAAGGUGUUUGUUUGUUGGAAAGUGGCGUAAAUAGUGUGAAAAUGCAUAGUUUGAUUAGAGAUAUGGCAUUGAAGAUCACUAAUGAAAAUCCUAUGUUUAUGGUUAAAGCUGGAGUUCAGCUUAAUGAUGCACCAAAACAGGAUGAAUGGAUCGAAAAUUUGGACAAGGUAUCUCUAAUGAGGAACAAGAUAGCUGAAAUACCAGAAGGAACAUCAGCUAAGUGUCCUAGGCUAACAACAUUGAUGUUGCAGCAGAAUUAUCACUUAUGGAAGAUUCCAGAUUCUUUCUUCGAGCACAUGAAGUCGUUACGUGUUCUUGAUUUAAGCCACACUUGCAUUGAGAAGUUGCCUGAUUCAGUAUCUGAGUUGGAGAAUCUCACCGCGCUCUUACUUGCAUUUUGUUGGAACCUAAGGUCAAUUCCAACUCUGGCAAAGCUCGAGUCAUUGCAAGAGUUGGACUUGAGUGGCACUGGGAUUCAGACUUUGCCUGAAUCCCUUGAGGCUCUAUUGAGCCUCAAAUGCCUGAGUAUGUAUGCAAUGCGUUGGCUUGAGAGGAUACCAAUAGGUAUAUUGCCCCAACUCUCAACUCUGCAACGUCUAGUGUUAUCGCAUCAUAUAGACGUUCAAGGUGAGGAACUAGAGGUGUUAAACGAGUUGGAAGAGUUUCAAGGUAGGUUCUCUACUAUUCAUGACUUCAACCGGUUCAUCAGAGCUCAAGAAAAUGAAGGAUGCCUCGUGUUUUACAGAAUUCUAGUAGGUGACUAUGAUGGUUUAGGACAAAUGACACAAAUUGAAUUCAAUCAUGGAAGAAUUUCGGAUAAAUUAGUCAAGUGUUAUGGACUUGGAAAAGAAGAUGAAGUACUAUUGCUUCCACAAGACAUUCAACACUUGAAAAUUGAGAGUUGCAACAACUUUAGUACUUGUCUUUCCGACUUCUUGUCAUGUCUAUACGAUUCAAAAGAUUUAAAGUACUUCAAAGUUCGUUGGUGCAACAAACUAGAGUACCUUAUGAAGGUAAAACAAGGACAAGAAUCCGUCUUAUUCCCCUCUCUCGAGCAUCUUGAUCUCUUUGAAUUGCCUAGUUUCGUUGGUAUUUUUGAUGAAAGUGAAACAAGUUUGAGUCCUUCGAUUCCUCUUGUUGGUACUUUUUCCCUCCUUAGAAUGAUACGUAUCGAAAGAUGUCACAACAUCAAGAAGCUACUUCCAAUUGAUCUAUGCUCAAACCUGAGACAUCUCGAGAGGAUAUAUGUCCUAUCAUGUAGUCAAAUAGAAGAAAUAAUUGAAGAUCAAGCAAAUGAUGGAAUCGCCGUCUUUCCUAAAAUGACAAGAAUAACCUUAUGGUCUUUGCCACAAUUGAAAAGCAUAUGCAAUGGAAAAAUGAAGUGCAAUUCAAUCAAGAAAGUGUCAAUAAAGGAAUGUGUUAAGUUAAGGAAUUUGCCUUUGUUUUUUUCACAUGAAGAGGAACUCAAAAUUCCUUCUACACUUAAAGAGAUUACUAUAAAUUCAAGUGAAAAAGAUUGGUGGGAAUCUUUGGAAUGGGAUCAUUCAACUACAAAAAUUGAACUUCAACCUUUUCUUAACUAUUUCUAA